CCGCGAAAAUAUCUUUUAUUAUUAGAAUAUUUUAUGUAUUAAAGCGAUAGUUAAGCCAAAAAUAUACAUUUUGGGUCCCACUUUAUAUUAGGUGGCCUUAACUACUAUGUACUUACAUUUAAAUUAAUAAUUUGGUACAAUGCACUUAUUGCCUACAUACAUGCUUUUACAUUGUACUUAUAUUUUUAAUAAUACCUAUAUGUAAUUACAUCUGUAAUUAAUAUCUGUAAUUACAUUUAUAAUUACACUGUUGACUCAUCCAUUACACCUUAACCCACCCUUAAACCUACAUAUACCACCAAACCUGUCUCUAACCUACUCGUAUCCCACCUCAAUAGCAGCAAAAGUGUUUUGCAAUACAGUAUGAACACAAUAAGUACAUUGAACUUAUUUUUUGAUGUAAGUACAUAGUAGUUAAGGCCACCUAAUAUAAAGUGUGACCAAAUUUUGUAAUCAUUUACUCCUUAUAUUUUUCCAAAACUGUAUGAUUUUCUUUCUGUUGAACACACAAGGGGAAGUUAGACAGAGUGACAGCACUAUUUGUCAGUCACCAUUUACCUUCAUCGUGUGGAAAAAGAUGCAGUGAAAGUCAAUGGUGACUGAGACUUUCAGUCCUUACUAGCAUUCUGUCUAACAUUUCAUUUUGUGGUCUGCAGAAGGCCUCACGACAGAAUCUAAAAUCUCUUUAAUUGCAGAAUAAUUAUUAUUUUGUCAGUAAUUGCAUUCGUCCCCCUUAUGCAGAGAAAGAUGUAAAUGCAGACACGCUUUGGGUUUGGUGUUAUCCUUCCAUCAGUGCUGAUCUGCGAGAGGUUCUGUUGAGAAAAUGUUGCUUGCCGUUGAACAAUCAGGUGCUGCACACAUUUGUGUUUGGACAGUACUGCCGAACCUGGUACUACAUCACCACUGUCGAGGUUCAGGAGCCAACUGCGCUUAAAAAGGUACAAAACUUCAUGUUUAGGACUCCACUACCAUCCUGAAAGCUUACAAAGCUGUGCUCGAAUAAUGAUACUACAGGAAUAGUUCGACAAAAAUGAAAAUUUUGAUAAUGUGAUUGUUUUUUGCUCAUUUACUCGUCUUUAUCUCGCUCCAAACGUGUCUGACUGUCUUCUGUGGAACACAAAAGGAGAAGUUUAUCAGAAUGUUGACACUGCACUUUUCCAUAUGAUGAAAGUGAUUGGUGACCAGGUGACACAUUUCUCAGUAGUUAUCACAGCUAAGGACUUCAACCCUGAAAAAUAUGCUGCAUUCAGUAGAGUUCUGUGCAGGACGUAUAUCAAACAUGGAAGUCCUGUGAAGAUGAUGGAAUGCUACAUUGCGGUUCUGACCAAAGGGAUAUGCCAGAGUGAUGAGAACGGCUCCUUCCUUAUCAAAGAUUACGAUGUCAGGAAGGCCUACCUGGCUGGAUCUUUAAAAGAUGUUGUGUCACAAUUUGGUAUGGAGACCAUCAUCCUUUACACAGCACUAAUGUUGAAAAAAAGAGUAGUGGUCUAUCACCCACGGAUUGAGGCGCUGCUGGAGGUCACAAGAGCUCUUCCUGGAUUGGUAUGGCAUAGAAAAGACUGGUCCAUCCUCCAUCCUUUUGUUCACCUGGACGAUAAUGAGCUGGAAAACCUCAAGCUGUGUACAGGGUAUGUUGCAGGGUUUGUCGAUCCUGAAGUCAGAGACAGAUCAGAUCUGUUUGAUGUGUACGUUAAUCUUUCAGACAGUGAAAUCACUGUGUCACAAAAUGCCAAAGAGGCAAUGGCUAUGGGAAAACUCCAUAAAGAGAUCGGCAACUUCAUUGUCCAGGCUGCAGAGGACACUGAUUGCACAGAUGCACAGGUUAUUAAGGAUAUUUCAGGAAAAACUAAGGAGAUCCUCAGUAACCUGAUGUCUCUUGUUGAUGAAGCCGAGAACUCUAAAUUGACUUUGGAGACUCUGAAGCAGCGGCACUACCCUCCAGCGACUGAAAACUUCCUCUUCCACUUAGCUGCAGCUGAGCAACUCCUGAAGAUCUGACCAAUCAGUGCAUCCCGGCCAACUGGCAUGCCUCACACAGUAACCGAUCGGAGAGGAACUUACCAUUCAUUGUCAAUCACACAAUGAAUUGUAACAUUUGCAAGAAUCUGUGUGUAAUUUCAGGGGUUGUGAACAGUGCGAAUAUCAUAUAAGAACAAAUUUAUAUUUCUUAUAAAGAUAUGAAAUAUCGCUAUAACAUGAUAGCUACACCUCAUGAGUGUAAUUAUGUUGAAUCAAUGUAACAUUUCUAUGUGAUAACAGGUUUGAGAUAAAUAAUUCAUAAUCAAACCUUUUGGUAACACUUGGAUUUAUAUGCCAUCUCUGCAAACAUUCCUGAGGUAUCUUAAGUUGUUCAUAACCUUAAUUUGGCAUGCUCUUUGAACUUUUAUAAAAUUUAAUAAUUGCACAUCAGUGUGAAAGGGCUGAUGGUUGCCUAGUUCAUACCUAACUAAAAGACUUUUAUUAUGCCGUAAAAUAAUAAUACUGUGUUGUUCAAUGAAAAAUAAAAUAGUUUCUCUAUUGAAGGGUCCCAUUAAAUUCAGAAUGUAAAGAAAUUAAUCACUGAAACCAGUUUUACUUCACUAUUGAGUGCCCAAACCUCAUCUUAAAGUUAUGAUGUUAAUUAACAACCUGUAUGUCCAUUCAUGUAAGAAAUCUUUUUAUCAUUAUAUGUUCAAAUGACAAAAGACAUUCCCCAUGUUAGAGAACUUUAUUCCCACAUUUUGCAAUUCCAGUGAUUGCACUUAAUGAUUGCUUGAAUUGAUUAUGGCAUUACUUUAUACAUUUUUGUUUAUUCAUCUUAUUAAUUUGACAACCCCUUGGUAUCAAGGGCUAUCCUUUGUGCCUAAACAGAUCAUAGAAGAUAUUCUGAUCAUAUGUGUGCAAUGUAUUCUGAAAAAAAGAGGAUGCUCAAACUGUACUUCUCUGAUUUCUUAAACACUGUCUUCAUCCUUUACAUAGUCAUAAAAUGCUGUUUCCUCAGAUACUUUGUUAAAUAUAUAUGUGACCAUUAAAUAUAAAAAAAUGUGCAUGUGAGUGGCAACAGGAAUUUUAUUGACACUAACAGUGUUAUUAGCAUGAUUUGGCCAAAUCCACUUCAGUGCAGUGUUUAAAACCCUUUUUAGCCCGAAAUGCAGCUAUUAAAUGAAUAUGAAAUCAAAACCA